ACAGCCGGCGGUGGCUUUGCGGCCGGUCCGGGUGCCGUACGGCGAGCCGGGGCCCUCUGCCAGCGCGGCUCGGCGGUCGGCAGUGUGCGGGGCUGGGGCGGCCAUGGCCAGUACCAUGGUGGCGGUUGGCCUGACCAUAGCGGCAGCUGGAUUUGCAGGUUUGUGGAUGAUGGGAGGACACUGAACACCCCGUUGUAGCUACCGUUGCCUGCUUCAGUACUGACGAAUAUUAAGGUCGCUAUGCACUAAAAGCAAUGAAACAAAUGGAGCCACAAGUAAAACAAGCACUUCAGAAUCUACCAAAACCUGCCUUCAGUGGAUAUUACAGAGGUGGAUUUGAACCCAAAAUGACUAAACGAGAAGCAGCUUUAAUACUAGGAGUGAGCCCUACAGCGAACAGGAGUAAAAUUAGAGAAGCUCAUAGACGGAUCAUGCUUCUGAAUCAUCCAGAUAAAGGUGGCUCUCCAUAUGUAGCAGCCAAAAUCAAUGAAGCUAAAGAUUUACUGGAAGACCAAGCUAAAAAAUGAAUGUGAGAGAAAAUCAGAGGGUUUGUCCAUGCAAAUGCUUAUUUUUGAUAAAUGGCUUAAGAAAAGUUCUCAUAAUGACUUAAUAUAAAUGAAGCUGGAAAUGAGAAUCCAGGGAAGUAAAAUUCCCUCCCCACUCACUUCAUCACUGUUUGGGAAACGUGUGAGGCAGCAAGGCUUAAAAGUGUUUUUUUUUUUUUUUUCCCCUAGCUGAUAUUAAGUGGCAAAAAUCUGCCAUUUGUGUAAAAAAAAAAAAAAAAUAGUAACUUGGUUUGGCCAGUGCAUGUUACCAGGUACAGGUAUGCUUAGAUGCUGUUACCUGAUUUUUGUUAAACUAGCUAUGUUUGAAGUUCAUGCUGCUGUUCUUUCAUAUGCCAAAGAUAGCAUGAUGAACCAGUUUGGGGAGGGGGUGGAAAAAAUCCAGAGGAUUUAUCGAAUGGGAAGAAUUGGGACCCAUGUGUGGUUGUCUCAGAAAAAAUAAAAAGUACAGGAAGCAACAUA